AUGUGCAUUAGUUGGGUUCUUGCGGGUAGUAAACGGAUCCCGGCGCUCAUAAUGCGGUCCUCGAGGUUCGAUUGGUUCCAUUCGUGUGUGCCGGUUCCAUUCCGGAGGGAGCACAAAGAGUGCCUCUUUUGUGGACUGUUGCUCUGCUGCAUGGAUGAGGCUGAGCAUUGUUUCCAGCAGGCGGAGUACGAUCAAGUCGGAGGCAGGAACCAAGUGAGGAAGAGCAGGAAAAAGGCCGACGAUGCUUAUGCGUUAGUGGAGGAUAACAACAACUACCUGGAACGUGCCCUAGAAAUAGAGGAAUUUGGGGCGAUUGCAUCGAGCCUGGCGAAUCGGCAUCUGAGCAAAUCGGCCUCAGAACUGAGCAGCCCCAGGGAGAUGCCUGAGGCGCGGCCACGCUCUGCGGCCCCGCCCGAACAUUCUCAUAUUAGCGUCUACCAGAAAGCGCAUACUUUCUUUGCUCAAUUAAAGACGCGUUUAGGACACAGCAAACGCGAGCGAAGACACAAAUCGCCCGGUCGGCAAGAGUCCUCAGACUACGCUGCUGAUCUUUCAAGCGAGCACAGCACUCCAAGUACCGCUAGUCCAAGACAUCGAGCCUGCAAUCGAACUGGUAAGCGAUUUUUUCCCACAAAGUUUGUCAAGAACAGUCCACAUUUUCAUUUCUAUUUAACUGAGCAAAGAACUGACUCAUAUGAUACCAGAUGGUCAAAAAGUGCGCGAUUUGCUCUGGAUUUUCCACCUCUGAGAGAGAUCGGAUCCUGCAGAGAAACUCCGCGUUUUUUCAUCGCUCUGUAUAUUACGCAAACAUAAGUAAUCUUAACAAGG